GGACAUGCGCUUUGCGGCUAAGUCCCCUCCUUGACUCCUUGACUCCUUGACUCCUCACAUCGCUACUAACUACACUUUACUCCUCACAUCGCUACUAACUACACUUUAUUCAUCCUCCCUGCCAGCAUGAACUCGACUCGUCUCAGUCCACUUUGGAGAUUUUUAGGCCCGCUUAGCACGCUAGUUAGCUUAGCACGCUAACAAGCUAACAAAGACAUGCGCUAGUGAUCCAGACGUGACUCAGCAGAGAUCAGAGUGUUGUGAUUGUGUCAACAUGUGCGAAAGAACCAUAGCAGAGUACAAAGAGGAACUUUGCCGGACAAGAGAGGAGAACGAGAGACUACGUCAACUACUGGACGCUGUUUGCAACACACAAGUUGUGUUACUCACAACAGACGCCUGUGAAGAAUAUCUUCCGCCCGAGCAGCAGGCGGGGUCCUGGCAGCACCUCCACGUGAAAGAGGAGGAGCCGCAGCCCCCCCACAUGGAAGAUGACGAAAAGCCGCCGCUCUUAACAGGGGACGACAAGAGACACCUCGUCAGUGUGAAGAGUGAAGAUGAGGAGGUCAAAGUUGAAAGUGAGGAGAAGAGAGAGGCGGAGCCUCCAACAGAAGGUGAGAGAGACCACUGUGGAGCACCACCAGCAGACAAGAUGUUAGCUCCACCCCCACAUGGUGAGGACACGACGUCACACACUGAAGAUGAUGCAACACGUCACGCUGACAACACACACUUGACGUGUUCUCACUGUGACAGAACCUUUAAAUACCCCAGUCAUCUGAAAAUACACAUGAGGGCGCACACCGGAGAAAAACCCUUUUCCUGCACAGAAUGCGGUAAAGGCUUCUCGCUAAAAGGCAACUUGACACUACACCUGGGGACGCACACUGCAGAAAGACCUUUUACCUGCUCAAAAUGUGGUAAGGGUUUUUUACUGAAAAACAACUUGAAAGUACACGUGCGGACGCACACCGGAGAGAAACCUUUUCCCUGCUCGGUCUGCCUUAAAGGUUUCACACAAAACAUCGGGCUGACGUCACACAUGAGAACACACCCUGGAGGGUCACGGGCGGACAAGAUCUCGGCGCCACUGUCACACGUUGAGGAGACGACAUCUCACUCGGCUGACACUGAUGAUGAAGACUCUAAAGACGACGCGACACGUCACACCGACAACACACGCUUGACGUGUUCUCACUGCGACAGAACCUUUAAAUACCCGAGUAAUCUGAAAAGACACGUGAGAACGCACACUGGAAAAAACCCUUUUUCGUGUUCAAUCUGUCGCGAAACCUUUAAGACUUUGGGGGAUCAGAAAAGCCACGUGAGAACACACGCAGGAGAAAAACCCCUUUCAUGUUCAAUCUGCGGUAAAGACUUCACUCAAAGGAACCAUUUGAAAACCCACAUGGGAAUACACGCCGCAGAAAAUCCUGUCUCCAUCUCACGUUUCGACACAAAUCAAUGUUUAAAGUCACGCACGAGAAUACACACUGGAGAAAAACCAUUCAAGUGCUCUAUCUGUGGUAAAAGAUUGACCCGGAAGACACAAUUAAUAAGCCACACAAGAAUACACACCGGUGAGAAACCUUUUACGUGUUCAGUCUGCGGUAAAGGUUUUACACAGCGUUGUGUUUUGAGGGUACACAUGAGAAUACACACUGGGGAAAAACCUUAUUCAUGUUCAAUCUGUGGUAAAUAUUACACCCGGAGGCUACAUUUAAGAGCACACAUGAUGAUGCACGCUGGAAAAAAGCACGUUUCCUCUUCACGCCGUGGUAAAGGUUUCACUCGGGUUAACGAGUUGAGAGCGCACAUGAAAACACACACUGGUGGAAAAACAUUCACGUGCUCAAUUUGUAGUAAACAAUUCCCCCAGAAGGCAUAUUUGAUAAAACACGCAAGAAUACACACUGGAGAGAAACCUUUUAUCUGCUUCGUCUGUGGUAAAGGUUUUACUCUUAGUUCCUAUAUGCAAAGACACAUGAGAAGACACGCUGGACAGAACGUGUUGAGUUGUGGUGUGUGCGGUGAGAGAUUGUCUUCUGAGUACCAGGGUAAGAAACACAAGUGUGCUGGUGAGAAAGUGUAGAGUUGUGGUGUGUGCGGUGAGAGAUUGUCUUCCGAGUACCAGGGUAAGAAACACAAGUGUGCUGGACAGAACGUGUUGAGUUGUGGUGUGUGUGGUGAGAGAUUGUCUUCUGAGUACCAGGGUAAGAAACACAAGUGUGCUGGUGAGAAAGUGUAGAGUUGUGGUGUGUGUGGUGAGAGAUUGUCUUCUGAGUACCAGGGUAAGAAACACAAGUGUGCUGGUGAGAAAGUGUACAGUUGUGGUGUGUGCGGUGAGAGAUUGUCUUCUGAGUAGCAGGGUAAGAAACACAAGUGUGCUGGUGAGGAAGUGUUGAGUUGUGGUGUGUGUGGUGAGAGAUUGUCUUCUGAGUACCAGGGUAAGAAACACAAGUGUGCUGGUGAGAAAGUGUAGAGUUGUGGUGUGUGCGGUGAGAGAUUGUCUUCUGAGUAGCAGGGUAAGAAACACAAGUGUGCUGGUGAGAAAGUGUAGAGUUGUGGUGUGUGCGGUGAGAGAUUGUCUUCUGAGUAGCAGGGUAAGAAACACAAGUGUGCUGGUGAGAAAGUGUAGAGUUGUGGUGUGUGCGGUGAGAGAUUGUCUUCUGAGUUCCAGGGUAAGAAACACAAGUGUGCUGGUGAGGAAGUGUAGAGUUGUGGUGUGUGCGGUGAGAGAUUGUCUUCUGAGUAGCAGGGUAAGAAACACAAGUGUGCUGGUGAGGAAGUGUAGAGUUGUGGUGUGUGCGGUGAGAGAUUGUCUUCUGAGUUCCAGGGUAAGAAGCACAAGUGUGCUGGUGAGAAAGUGUAGAGUUGUGGUGUGUGCGGUGAGAGAUUGUCUUCUGAGUAGCAGGGUAAGAAACACAAGUGUGCUGGUGAGGAAGUGUUGAGUUGUGGUGUGUGUGGUGAGAGAUUGUCUUCUGAGUACCAGGGUAAGAAACACAAGUGUGCUGGUGAGAAAGUGUAGAGUUGUGGUGUGUGCAGUGAGAGAUUGUCUUCUGAGUUCCAGGGUAAGAAACACAAGUGUGCUGGUGAGGAAGUGUUGAGUUGUGGUGUGUGCGGUGAGAGAUUGUCUUCUGAGUACCAGGGUAAGAAACACAAGUGUGCUGGUGAGAAAGUGUAGAGUUGUGGUGUGUGCGGUGAGAGAUUGUCUUCUGAGUAGCAGGGUAAGAAACACAAGUGUGCUGGUGAGAAAGUGUAGAGUUGUGGUGUGUGCGGUGAGAGAUUGUCUUCUGAGUAGCAGGGUAAGAAGCACAAGUGUGCUGGUGAGGACAAGCAGCAGCAAACUUGAACUGUGUAACGACAUCAUCACAUGUGUGACAUCAUUGUUGUGUUCCAGUCUUGUUCACAUGCUUUUGGAGGAUGAGUUCCACUUCAGUCCAGUAGACUACAUCCAUCAACACACAUCCUUGUGCGUAGGAAACUACACAAACUGCUUUCUUUGAAAAGGUAUAAACUGCUAAUGUUGCUUACCUUUAUUUUAUUUGUAUUUUUUUCAUUCAGAGAACAAAUCUCAGCUUCCUGCGGUCAUGAUUUGUACUAAUUACAUGUUCAUAACAUGGUCACUGAUGUCUGGUUUCUCUUGUUAUGUUCUUAUUUUUUACUGUUAGGUUUUUAUUUUUAUUGUUGCUUUUUAUUUGUAUUCUUAUUGUAAUAUUUUCUAUUUUAUUUCCAUUUAUACCCCCAUUAUUUACUUUUUACUUUUUAAAUUCAAUCUCAAUUCUGUACACUGCUGCUGGAAUUGUAAUUUUCCUGAAUCAAUAAAGUUCUAUCUAUCUAUCUAUCUAUCUAUCUAUCUAUCUAUCUAUCUAUCUAUCUAUCUAUCUAUCUAUCUAUCUAUCUAUCUAUCUAUCUAUCUGUUCAUCCAUCCAUCCAUCCAUCCAUCAUCUAUCUAUCCAAACAACCUUCCCAAGUCAUGACGCAUGAAAAAAUGCAACCAGCAGAAAAUGUAAACCUGCUCACAAUAAACUAUUAUCCAUCCAUCCAUCCAUCCAUCCCUCCAUCCAUCUAUCAUCUAUCUAAACAACCUUCCCAGUCCAUCCAUCCAUCUUUCCAUCCAUCUAUCCAAACAACGUUCCCUAGUCAUGACGCAUAAAAAAAUGCAACCAGCAGAAAAUGUCAACCUGCUCACAAUAAACUAUUAUCCAUCCAUCCAUCCAUCCAUCCAUCCAUACAUCCAUCCAAACAACCUUCCUUAGUCUAUCCAUCUAUCAUCUAUCUAUCUAUCUAUCCAAACAACCUUCCCUAGUCAUGACGCAUGAAAAAAAUGCAACCAGCAGAAAAUGUCAACCUGCUCACAGUAAACUACCAUCCACCCAUCCAUCCCUCCAUCCAUCUAUCAUCUAUCCAAACAACCUUCCCAGUCCAUCCAUCCAUCUUUCCAUCCAUCUAUCCAAACAACCUUCCCUAGUCAUGACGCAUAAAAAAAUGCAACCAGCAGAAAAUGUCAACCUGCUCACAAUAAACUAUUAUCCAUCCAUCCAUCCAUACAUCCAUCCAAACAACCUUCCUUAGUCUAUCCAUCUAUCAUCUAUCUAUCUAUCUAUCUAUCUAUCCAAACAACCUUCCCUAGUCAUGACGCAUGAAAAAAAUGCAACCAGCAGAAAAUGUCAACCUGCUCACAGUAAACUACCAUCCACCCAUCCAUCCCUCCAUCCAUCUAUCAUCUAUCAUCUAUCCAAACAACCUUCCCAGUCCAUCCAUCCAUCUUUCCAUCCAUCUAUCCAUCCAUCUAUCCAAACAACCUUCCCUAGUCAUGACGCAUAAAAAAAUGCAACCAGCAGAAAAUGUCAACCUGCUCACAAUAAACUAUUAUCCACCCAUCCAUCCAUCCAUCCAUACAUCCAUACAUCCAUCCAAACAACCUUCCUUAGUCUAUCCAUCUAUCAUCUAUCUAUCUAUCCAAACAACCUUCCCUAGUCAUGACGCAUGAAAAAAUGCAACCAGCAGAAAAUGUCAACCUGCUCACAAUAAACUACUAUCCAUCCAUCCAUCCAUACAUCCAUACAUCCAUCCAAACAACCUUCCUUAGUCUAUCAUCUAUCCAUCUAUCCAAACAACCUUCCCUAGUCAUGACGCAUAAAAAAAUGCAACCAGCAGAAAAUGUCAACCUGCUCACAAUAAACUAUUAUCCAUCCAUCCAUCCAUCCAUCCAUCCAAACAACCUUCCUUAGUCUAUCCAUCUAUCAUCUAUCUAUCUAUCCAAACAACCUUCCCUAGUCAUGACGCAUGAAAAAAUGCAACCAGCAGAAAAUGUCAACCUGCUCACAAUAAACUACUAUCCAUCCAUCCAUCCAUCCAUCCAAACAACCUUCCUUAGUCUAUCCAUCUAUCCAUCCAUCUAUCUAUCCAAACAACCUUCCCUAGUCAUGACGCAUGAAAAAAAUGCAACCAGCAGAAAAUGUCAACCUGCUCACAGUAAACUACCAUCCAUCCAUCCAUCCCUCCAUCCAUCUAUCAUCUAUCAUCUAUCCAAACAACCUUCCCAGUCCAUCCAUCCAUCUUUCCAUCCAUCUAUCCAUCCAUCUAUCCAAACAACCUUCCCUAGUCAUGACGCAUAAAAAAAUGCAACCAGCAGAAAAUGUCAACCUGCUCACAGUAAACUACUAUCCAUCCAUCCAUCCAUCCAUCCAUCCAUCCAUCCAUCCAUCUAUCAUCUAUCUAUCUAUCUAUCUAUCCAAACAACCUUCCCAGUCCAUCCUUCCAUCCAUCCAUCCAUCUAGCCUAGCUAUCCAUCCAUAUAUCUAUCCAAACAACCUUCCCUAGUCAUGACGCAUGAAAAAAUGCAGCCAGCGGAAAAUGUCAACCUGUUUACAAUAAACUACUAUCCAUCCAUCCAUCCAUCCAUCCACCCAUCCAUCCAUCCAU